GGGGAUAGAAGUGAAAAGGCGUUAAAGUGGCGGCGACGCUGGGAGCGCGCGUGGAAUGCGCAGGAUUGGAGUCGUUUAGCGCGCGCGCACGCCCCGCCACAGUGCCGCCCUCCGAACAACCGGCCAUGGCGACCGAGACCGGCGGCGCCGCGGUCGGCGGCGAGCAGCAGUACUCCCUCCGAUGGAACGACUUCCACUCUGCGAUGGUGUCGUCCUUCCGUCGGCUGAGGGACGAGGAGGACUUCGUGGAUGUGACCCUCGCCUGCGCCGGCGCCACCUUCACAGCGCACAAGGUGGUGCUGUCGGCGUGCAGCCCUUACUUCCGAAGGCUGCUGAAGGCCAACCCAUGCCAGCACCCCAUCGUCAUCCUGCGCGAUGUUCACGAUAAAGACAUGGAGAGCUUGUUGAGGUUCAUGUAUCAAGGCGAAGUCCACAUCGGUCAGGAGCAGCUGAAGGAAUUCCUGAAAGCGGCCCAGCUGCUCCAGGUCCGAGGGCUGACCGACGUCCCGGCGCCGGCGCCCGUGUCUUCACUUGAUCAAAAAGCCUCUCCCGAUCUCGUUCCGGGUGCAAUACAAAAACUGUUGAAUUUAACGAAUUCACAACAGUCCGCCUCGUCCUGGACGGAGACUGGCAGCGGGGCCUCCCGCGACGGCCGCGACUCCCACCAGCGCGAGGGGCGGAGGCUCCGGAGACCCGAGGAGGGGGCUGCCAGCACUCCGCCCCCGAAACGUGCCAGGUCUUCCGAUUUGUACCAAGCUCAGAUGAAGAGCAGGACGGAGCAGCUGCUGGCGGCGCAGGGGGCCAGUCCGGAGACCAUGGGCAGCAACGGGCACGAGCUCGCGCUCUUCGGCCACGCGCUCGACGCGCAGCACCCGCACUUGUCCGGGGCCUCCAACAACUUGUCUGGAGACGGAGAGGAGUCCUCAUCGGAUGCCGGCGCCAGUGACGCGGAGGGAGAACCUCGCGCCAAGCAGGAGCCCCUGGACUACGACGACCCCGCGACCGUGGCCAACACCAACGGAGCCAUGCCGCACAGCUUCCCGGGACUACUAAACUUACAGGGAUUCCCGGGACUGCCGGGGCCGUCCGGGAUGCCGGACACGUACGGUGGCUGUCGAAGAACUCAAGAUAUCCUGCGCGUUCGGGCCACCGACCCCCGGCCGUGUCCAAAGUGCGGGAAAAUUUAUCGAUCUGCUCACACCCUGAGGACUCACCUCGAGGACAAGCACACAGUGUGCCCCGGCUACCGUUGCGUGCUGUGCGGCACCGUGGCCAAGUCGCGGAACUCCCUGCACUCGCACAUGUCGCGGCAACACCGCGGGAUCUCCACUAAAGACCUGCCGGUGUUGCAGAUGCCGACGCGCUUCGAUCCGGAACUGGCGAGCCAGUUGCUGGCGAAGGCCGGGGUGAAGGUGUCGCCGGAGCAGCUGCGGGCGCGCGCGUCCCCCACGGGCCCGCGCCGCUCCGACGUGAAACUGGACGCCAAGUCCGCCUCCGCCGCCUCCGAGACCAGCUCGCUGUGCGGGGACAACGACAACGACGAGCUCAGCCAGUCGCGCUACCAGGACCUGCCCGUGUCGCCGCCGCAUAUCAAUAGCCUGGCGAACACGACCAUCACUAAAGUGCCGGCGGUGAGGGCGGCCGCCGCCAAGACGGUGGAGGGCGCGCCGCACGGGCUGGCGCCGCUCAAGCACGACGACUACCCGCCGGGCUACGGGGGCAGCUCCGCCCUGCUCGACACCUAUCUGCAGUAUAUCGGAGAGAAUAUGUUCGGUAUGAACGCAAAAUUAGCACAAAUGAACGCCAUGCACCUGGACAGGAAAACUUACGACGAACCCUCCCCGCAAAUGGGCUCCCUCCCGCCCCCGCCCACCAACCUCGCCCACCAGCGCUUCCUCAAGCAGAUGCAGCGGCAGUACACCGAGAGCACGGGCAAGCCCGACAUCAUGCGCGACUCCGACGAGCCCCUGGACCUCGGGAAGGAGAGGCACAGGAAUGACAGCAUCAGCGAGUCCGACGCCGACAAACACGAGAACCAGGACAAAGACGUCGGCAAGGAUUACUACAGCAAAGACUACAACGACGAAGACCGGAGCCGCCUGACCGAGCAUGACCAGGAGCACAGCGGCCAGGACGAGGGGGAUUACUCAGAGGACGAACACAACAAGAACUCGUCAUGAAAUGUCGAUGAAAAGCGGUGUGUUGUUAGCUUAGGGUAACAAUGAGGGUAGGACAAUAUUUUGUUGGACGUGUGUGUUGAAACGGUGCUUGAGUGUUAUGUUUUGUGGUAAUUAGCCGACUCGUUUUAUUGUUGACCCGUGGAAUAUCGUUGGUGCCAUUGCCGGUAUUGUAAAUGUAAAUUAUAUUUAAGAAUUGAUCGGUUGCAGUUCGAAGUUGGUUGCUUGUUUGCGUACAAAGUGGGAAUGUUUAAUGCCUUGUCGUCGCCACUGCCGAUGGACUUAUCGGGGACUGACUGGGGCGGUACACGUGAAAUACCACCACAUUGAGGGCAAGAAACGGUACAGUUGUUUUGUGUCUUAGUAAGACUUUAUUUUUGUACCCGUUGUGAUAUCACAGCCAUUUUUUCACUUAGAAUUAACCUACUUACACACUAGUUAGAACUACAACAUGAUACGUUUUGAUUGUCAAAACGGGACCGUCGUUAUAAACUAGACAAACAAUGAGUUCAAAGAAAAAAAAAAUUAAAAAAAAGUUAUCUACCUAGAGAUAUAAAGAAAUAAAAUUUCAAUUUAAAAGAUCUAAAUUUUCUUUUACGCUUUUGGACGCGACGGUCCCGUGAAUUAGAAAGAAAUGAAAUAGGAAUACUAGCGAGUAGUGAUUUAUUGUGUAUGUAAGGUCCCUGUCACGUAGCAUAGGGCCUCUUACAUAGUAAUUCCAUCCAUCUACCUCAGCAUUUGGGCCAAUGCGGCAAAGUAUAUAAAAAUAAAUAAAUAUAAAUAUAUAUAAAUAUUACAUAUAUCCACACAAAUUGUGAAAUUCCAUCCAUCUACCUCACUUCAAUAGAUUUUAUUUAAUAUUUUAUACAAUUUAUAGAUAUUAAAAAAAAUAACUCUUUAUUUAUGCAUUUUUUCGAAUUGCAUUUAUAUAUACUUAUAUAGAGUAUAUAGUAGCUAAAAUAUAUUAAUGCAAGUCUUUUUAGGUCAUCGUUAGUGCUGCCCGUAGAUACUCGUAACGUAUGGGUUUGAUAUAGAAUGCGCACUCACUAGAGAUGUAUACUUAGAAUGUCACAACAUAGCGAGUAAUGUACGUAACCAUUAUCGAUGAGCACACUAACAUAAAUAUCUUUGUAUACGAGGAAAUAUUACAGAGCUUAAAAAUCAUACUAUUGUAUACCUAUUAAAAUAUAUAGCGAUAUUCGAAUACUGAGUAUCGAUACUAAAAAGUAUAACGCAUUAUUAAUGAAUUGUUGAAUUCACAACACAAUUUGUAUUACAAAAAUGUAACUGCCUUGAGACUGAAUUUUUCAAUGUGCGUUAAAGCGUUAACUCACGCGCGAUUCGACUAAAGUUCAAAUUUAAGAGCGAAAAUUAUUAAUAUUUCAAUGUAUAUAAAAACUAUGGUGAUAUGUAAAGUACAUAAAUAGUAACCAAAAGCAAUAAUAAAGUAUACCUUGAUGUUGCCUUUAAUGUGUAAAUACGAUUCGAUAGUGUACGGAAUGUAUGAUGAAGAGAUUUGUUCGGCGGAACUCGAGCGAGACCCUGCUAGUGAUGUCAUGUCGAUUCUCAACAGAGCACGUCACCUCUACCAGAUAAUCAAUAAUCUGUGACACAUCGCGCGUCAUCCGUUGUUACAGAUGAUUUAAAAAAGAUAUUAUGGAGUACAUCACUAGCGGCGAUUUGCGCGGGAAAACGCAUCGUAACGUAGUGUUCGUGAAGGUUUAUUUUGUAGAUGAUAUGGGCUGGUUAUAUUAACAACAAUUACUGUGAUUAAAAUCUCAUGUUAGCCUUCAAUACUUAUACAUAUUUUUUAGAGUACAAUGUUAUAGCUAUUUAGUAUAUAAAAUAAGAAUGUCGUUCGUAAGCAAAAUCACAAAAUAUAUUUACCUCUCAAGUUUUAGGACACAUUAUUUAAGUAUUUAGUGAGCAAUAGGUAAAGGCAUUUAAUCUUUUUAUAUGAGAUAAACUUUUAUCAAUUACUGGGUUAUCCGAUUUUGACAUUCGAUCUUACUUACAGAUUUUAUUCUAAUAAUAAUUUAGAAACGAACUAAGUGUCAAACAAAAGUAUCUGUAAACAGUUCACGAGUCAUUGUGGAUCGCAAUAUGAAACUUAGGUCAACAGAGACAAGUAUGUACGGGUUGAAGAAUUAUUGUUUAGUAUUUUAGUGAGACUAUGAGUUGUCAAUUUGGGUUUACAUUUAUAUUACCUGUUGACAUUUAGGGUGUUGCCAUAGUAAGUAAUUAUUUUUGACUGUAUAUUAAAAAAAAAUAAGUUUUCUUUUAAAUUAGAAACUGAGCGAGUGCUUAAUUGAUUAAUUAUAGUUUUAUUUAGAUAUUAUUGUGGAUUUUAUUAUUAUAUAUUCGAUUAUGUAGUUUUUUUUUAAAUUAGAAAAUAGACGGAUGCACACUACUUACAAUAGGUCAGUUACCAGAAGAUGUUAUAUUUUUUCAUACAUAUUCAUGAAAUUUACAAUCAAGUCGAUUACUUUACGAUUGUAUCGAUAUUGAUCGUGUUGAUUCGAUAUAAUUUUCAUAGCAAGUGUACAGUUGUUGAUUAAUACAGAUAAUUAUGUACCAGUGAUCGGAAAUAUGAAUAAAAUAUAAAUGUUAGGACUAUAAGUCGACGGUUUGCUCUCUUUAUGUGAAACAUUUGCGUUUUUUAGUUACCUCGUGAACUUUGGAAGUUCGAUUUUAGUGCUUUUUUUUUCUAUAUGUUUUUUCUUUACCUGUUUACCUCAUUAGCAUGACGUUUCAUGUAAAACUAUUAUUGACUCUUCCUUGCAAUGUUGAUUUAUGAAUCAGAUCAAGUCUUCUAGAAUCGAUCUAAGAAAAUUAUUCGUGUUAUUAAUCGAUUUAAUGAAAGACUUGAUUUCAUUUAAUGACCUGGAAGAGACAGGUACUAGAUUGCCAUUGUUUUUUCCGGGUCAUAUUUAAUUUCCUUUUAGGGAGCACAAAAUAUUAUUUAAGUUUCGAAAAUGUAUGAACGUAGUAUGUUAGUUGACUAAUAUUUGUUUGUAUAUUGUCCACCGGUGGUACUUACUGGUUUAGUACUGUUUGAUUUAGUAGGUUUUUGUUUUUUUUAUUAUUAUUAAAUGACCAUUUGCUGCUAAAUACUUUCAAAUUCCAACAGCUGAUUAUUGAUCUCGUGCGUAAUGUUUCGUCUCCAUUUUGUCCUGCGGUUGCGUGCUGAACGCGACGUACCGUCAAAUUAUUGCCACCUCGAAAUUUUUCAUUUCCAUCAUUUCAGGUGUUACCAGAUAAGUGCGUGCUAUUUGUCGAAAUUAUAAUUUUUUACAAAUUAAAAAUAAUAUAAACUUUGGAAAGAAAUUUGUAUAUCAAAGUCAUGUUGAUGAAUUAUAAUUUAGACAAACAGAUGCACUCAUAACCGGCAGAGAGCCACGCCCGCGCCAUUGUAAAUUAGAGUACUAGCUGUACGCUGCUUUUAAAUAAAUACAUGAUUAUAUACAAAAAUAAAUUGUUUUGAAAA